AUGCUCCGAGGCUCCCGGGACACUCUGAAGAUCUACCAGAGGAUUCUGAUCAUCCAGCUCCUUUUGCUCAAUCUUCUAACAGUUGUAGUAUCAACUUCAACUCUUUAUCAGCUGCUUCCAUACUCGGUCUAUCUAACUCGUCUCCCAGAAGCCUGGAUCCCGUUCCAAAUCAUGGCCAUCAUCAAUUUGAUCGCUUUUUUCGCCGCCUUCUUCGCCUACAGCUUUCUGCAGAACUUCAUUGCGACGGCUCUUUAUCGGUUACCAUGGACAGAAGAUUGGAAAGGAACUUUGUCGUUUACGAAGAAGUUUUUGAUAAUAUUCUGGAGUACGCCGAUGUUUUCGGCCUAUGCGAUGGUUGUAUGUGGAGUCGAGUUCGAUAUGAGUAGAACCAAGCAAGAAGCUCUGGAGUUUGAUCCCAGGUGAGUUUUUUUUGAAGCUUAAAGUCAUAUGAGGCUAGAAAAGUUUCCCAUUUUCUCUCAAAAGUUGAAAAAAGAGAUGCCUGCUCAAAUUUCAAGUGAUUUCUUUCAUAUGAUAUUCUGCUAUCCUAGCCUGGAGUGGUCACUUAAGAGGUAAGGUUUUUCAAAAAUCUGGAGUGGAGUGGUCACUUAAGAGAGAAGGUUUUUUUCAAAAAUCGUAUGAGAGGUCACCAAAAAAAUAAAUAUUUUUUUCAAAAAUUCUAGAAAUUCUGGUCCUAAAUUUGUGAGUGAAACUCUACCUAUUUUUGAAAAAAAUCGUGUUAUCGAAAUUAUACAAAAAGACAGCCUCGAGAUUAAUUUUUUUAUCAAAAAAAUAUCUACUUCGAAUAAAAAAAUUUUUUUCAUUUCAAAAAUUCGUUUAUUUUUUUCGAUUUUUCCAGACUCCAAGAACUCUUCAACGACUGGAGUUUCUUCGUACCUCUACCAACAGUUGGAGUGGUCGCCAUUUUGAUAAUUUAUACGGCCACGGCUUUUUUAACGAUCCUUCCAAUCACUGCCGCUUUAGUUUUGUGA